CGUUGCUUCAAAGCACUUUACAAACUUUCAGAGUCACUCCAAGCUUGCUCUAUUACAUAGACGCGUCGCACAUCACGUGAGACUCUAAGUUAAAGUACUUGGCAGAUCACUUUCUGCGUCUGUGCGGGCUAAUGUACAGGCACGAUGGACUACUUCUCCAAGUUCCUCCGCCCAACGCCCCAACCGCAACCAAAGCCCAUUCAAGACCACGCAGCUGAAUUCAGCAAAUCCUGGAAUCUCAUAAAGACAAUACUCGAGCACCCAGACGAGCGGCAGCUCACCAAGGGCAUCAAUUCCACCGAUGCCCCAGCACACUUGCAGUCCAUGGUCAAUGCCCUGGUCAAUGAAUCGUCCCGCCCCGAAGAAGGCGCGACUGGUGCUUGCUUAGAAUUUCUGCUCAAGAAUGACGUCUUGGGGACGCUCGUCCGUCUUGCAGAACCCGAUAGACCCUCUGGAAUCCAGGCUGAGGUCCUCCGUGCGGUUCAGAAUAUGGUGGUUCUCAUGGACGAGCAAUUUCUUGUGCACUCCGCCGUGCACCGCGCUGUCUUGCGCCUCCUGCGCAACUGUGUCGGAGACGACAUCCAAGAACAGCUAGAUGGUCGGAACAGGGUUAUGGGAGCCGCCAAGAAUGCUGUGCGGAGCCAACCCUCUGAUUAUGAACUUGAUCUGUUGAACUUGCUGUGUAUUUUGUGCAGCCGUAUACUGACGUACCGCGACCUGUUGAUGAUUUUCUUCCAUGAUAAGCACUGGUACCGUUCGGAGCCACUUUUCGCUGUCGAAGAAGAGGAUGAGGAUGAGGAUGAAGAUGAAGAUGAGGCCGAGGAUAAGGCCAAGGACAAGAACGAUGAUGGGGAGACAGCGGAACGCGAAUCCUCACCGACACCUUCGCAGGCCACAAUAACCUCCGCCCCUGCAUCCUCCCAUAUUCAGAAGACAGAAUAUGAGUUCCUCCUUUUCAACUAUCUACUUCGAUUUGUUCAUCGCGAAGGGCAAAUUGGCGAUUUUGCCCGCGCGGGCUUGCUCUUCCUUAUGGAUGUUGCCAUGUCCCCUGGGGAACCGACACAUAGAUUAGCGGGAGAUGAACAGGGAUCAGUUCCAGCGUCUGCAUCGGAGACAACGGCUGGGGAUCCGAUUACAGAUGCCGCGCUUGCGUUGGCGGAGUACAUCGUUGAUGGUGAUUUCUCAGACGUUCUUGGGGCAGGUUUGGGUGCGGUAUACUCUCUGCUUCCGUCGAAAUUGGAGAUCAAGUCACCAACUCUCGCCGAUGCUUCGCACGGCAGUGGCAUGGUGCUAGGCAGCACUGGGACAGAAACUGAAGAGGAGAAAGAGAAUGCUGAAUUAUUGGUGGAGAAGAAUCGUGCCAUAGGACUCGAGGACUCUUCUAACCCAGACUUCAAAUCUCGCCUCGACCACUUCCUGAAAUUGCUAGAAUUUCUGCAGGAUAUAUUGCGCCGAAACACUAUCCGCGAUCCCCCUGAGUCCAGCCUCGAUGCGUCUGCGUUGGUUGGCACUUCCAUUAUGCACUCCAUACUAGAUGCCGUGCGUCGCAUCUUCCUUGAGAACGUCCUCUAUCCAUCCAUCCUCGAGUGUUCUGAUCUCGACGGCAGCGCUGUUGCUGUAAUGUCUUAUAUCGACAUCAUGAUUCGUACCCUCGAACCAGGUCAGCUUUCCGCCCUCCUCGUCGAAUUUCUCAUGAGUGAGGAUAACGACGACACCUCCCGCUUGCGACCACACUCCCGCAUGCUCAAUCUCAGCACCCCGCCUCGCGCCGCGGACCGCGGGCCAAAGCUCCGCCGGCGCAAAAGUAGUGCAAUGGUCCUGCUCGAGAUGGAGGCUCCUGAAUCGCAGAGACAGUCAGAAUACUUCACCUCAAUGGGGCGAUUCACGUUGAAAGACUUGCUACUCUCGAAUCUGCGCUCGAAGAAUCAGGCGACGGUCGCAGCUGCUCUGCAGUUGUUCCAGACUAUGCUGAGCCAGCGAUGUCACGUGUCAAUCAACGGGCUGUUCCUCGUCAUUCAUGAUACAAAUGCGACGAGCUAUCCUGAGCCUGCUAUGAUUUUCCCGGAUGUCCCACAGAUACCUGACGAGGAUAGUGAUGAAGAAGAAUUCAUUUAUCCUGGUGGAGAGGAUAGCAAACUCUCUGCAAGGCCGGCCCCGCCCACAUUCAUCCAGCCAGAUGUAACAUUCUCAACGCACGAGCGUGAGAUGGGACUCUACCUCACACUGGUCUCCCGUGUCGAUCCCUCACACAGUGAUGAUGCUUUCAGCACUGGCUAUGACCAUUACCUCCGCGACGCUGUAACAUCUAUCCAGAACCAUAGCUGCUUCCACAUCCAUGACGACGAAGACAUGGAUGCACGCUCAAAGUUCAAGCAUAGACUCAAUGUCAACGACCCCAUUCUCUCGCUCGUCCUCGAGUCCAUGCGCACGUUCUUCUCUAAUUCGCCAAAGAUGAACAUCUCGCUCACGGGCGUACUUGCGGAGCUAGCUAUCUGUCCUAACCGCUCUAUCGCGGGGUGGCUUACAUGUGCGGUGUCAGAGGCUCUCGCAUCAUUUUCAGAUCUCGAUGCAGAUGAUGGCCGGGAUGAUAGAUCCAUAGACUCUGUGAUCGACGAGAAGUUUGCCACAGAAACUAACAUACUUCCUGCCGUUAGGCUCGAUGAGCAGACGCGGCCCGUCGUACACACUAUCUUCCAAGGCCUUGUCGGCCAGCUAGAACGCUACCGACAAUCAGUCGAAAAUUUCGACCAAUAUCUCCUCGAACGGCGACAGGGUCUUCUAUUCUCUGAAAAUCUGACAGAUGCACUCACUCUCUCACUUGAACCGGUUCAAGACACCGUCCUACCACCAUCUGGCUCUUGGGACGUCGUUCACACCCCUGACACGCCCCCUCAACGCCCAAAGCCAAAACCGAAGACCUCGGCCCUCGUAUCUUUCCUGACCCCAAGAAAAAGCAAGUCCACCGCAUCCAAGGCGUCUUCUGAACCCACAACACCUCCGAGAACGAAUAGCAAAAACGCCGCAGCAAGUCCAUUUGCUCCACAUUAUCAGCGUACGCGUGAUAUUGUCGUUGAACCUUUCGUAGCUCCUGUUCCCCAGUCGGGCGCUUGGACCUCGGCCCAGCCUUCGAAGUGGAAUGCGGAUGAAGAUGAUGUCUUCAGUGCUGGUAGCCAGUGGGGUGGGCAUACGGUUGCUCCACCAGAGGGAGGGAACUCAACUGAAGAAAAAGCAACGCAAGUUACGUUGUCGCAACUGCUAGACAAUGUUGUUGUUCUAGAGGAGUGCAUCAAGGAGCUGGUGGCAAUUAUUCACGCUCGUCGUAGUUUAGGAAUUGACCUAGUGAGAUACGUUUGAGAAUCUCAUAAUAUCGUUUGUGGAGGUUGGAAUUUAAUAGAACAUUGCUACGUUGCAAACGCGUCA